AUGGCUUCCGUGUGUGGCGCUCUCCGGCAGCUCACGAGCGUCUGCGUCGCGCCUCCCGAGUCUCCGCCACUCCAGCGCGUACCUUCUUCCUCGCUGCUUCUACCAAAACCAAACGCGCCGCUGAAGCUCUUGGCGCCUGCCACGCACGUCGCGCGCAAUAGUCGCGUCGGGUACACGUCGCUGAACCAAUUCACGCGCUCGGUCGAGAGUAUCGCGACUCUGCGCGUACCCAAGAUACAAGCAGGUGAACGCACGUCCAGCAGUGCUAUGGACGCGCUGCUAGGCGUGCAGCUCGUGGCGUCUUCACGUCGGGACUUUCGCGUCUGUGUGAACUUUGUGUUGCCUGGGAGUGACGCGGAAGCGCAGGGGAUCCGCCCGGCAGCUCUUGUCGUGGCAAUUGAUGGCGUCUCGAUGCGUCACGUGAGUCUCCAGCGCGUGUUGCUGGCGAUACGACGCGCGCGGACCUCAAGCGAGAAGAGGCGAAUGGAUGAGGGAGCAAAGACGAUGGACGUACCUUUGGUGAAUGAUGGCAGUCGUGGGUGGAUUGAAAUCGACUUGGCCCAACGAGAACAUGAGAUGAACGUGGACCGCAAUCCGCUUGCACUCACGCAGUUUCCGUCGCCCCAGGGCCAGCAGCUGCCAGGUGUGAAGCAGUUUCAAGACGGCAACAAAGAGAAGAGAGUGCAGGACUUCCUCAUGCAGACGCAGGAACCGAGUCCCCCGGCUCUUUUGCUCCAUGGACGAGAACGAUCGAGGUCGUUCAAGCACUUUUGGAUGUCGGAUCGAUCGAGCAAAGCGUGCUACGAAUGCGAGCGGCUGUUUACGUUCUUUCGACGACGACAUCAUUGCCGCUCGUGUGGACAGAUUUUCUGUGCAAACUGCUGUGCACGAUUGCCCCAGUCGUUUGGCGAGAACAAAGUAGACGAGUCACUUGUACGCUUGAGGAAACAGUUGGUGUGUCAUACGUGCCACCGCCAACUACGCGAAGGACUACAAGUGGAGCUGACAGGAGCUAGUUUUGAGGAUGACUCGCAGAAACCGAUGCAUUCUUCACCUACGCAGACGCUGCUGCUUAUGCCUCAGCAUAUUGUGGAAGCUAUGGAACGCUCGAUAUCUGAUGCGUCAAAAUUUAAGCAGCUGGACAAAUCGGAGCUUUUUGGUAAAGAUGAAAUCAGUGAUGAAAUGCGGGUGAGUGAGCAGCCUGAGAAGUCCCGACCACCGGCGCUGUUUGGUAUGUUUCCGAGAGUACAAAUCGUUGCAAGCGCGCAGCAUCUGAUCCAUCAACCACACCUGCAGGAACUAAGCAAAGAGGCGAAACAAAUCGAGCGAAGGACUGCCCGUAGACUUCGAACAUUCAGCGAGUCACAAAUCUUGCUUGGAAUAAAGGGCGCGCAGCAUGCGUCCCAAAAAUUGAAGCGCUCAAACAGUCAGGCAGAAUUUGGUAACCCAAGCAAUCAUCGCUGGAGCGAAGCGGAGUUUAAGCGUCUUGUUGCAGAAUCAAGUGCACAAGCACGACUGCGCGGUGCGUAUCCCACCUCAAAUGCUAUAACGACGCGGCCAAAGGCUUUAUCAGCGCCAUCCAACACUGCUCGUUUCGGAAGUGCUGUCCAGUGGAACACUUUUGGCCCCGACAAACUUGUUGCGAGCGAUGUUGGCAUCCUGGCCAUGGUUGGCCUGUCCAAAAAUGCUCGCAACGAGCUCGAUGAACCCGAGCAUGUCGUCAGAAGAGAAGCAGCGGUGGAAAAAAUGUCAAAAGAUGCUCGUGAUCGCGUUGAAGAGCGCAUAUUCCACUUGCUGGACAGCUCUAUGGCAGUAUCAAAGUUGUUUAUGAUCGAACAGCAUCGAUGGAUGCAAAUUAUUAACCUGUUCGCCCACCGAGCUGCACUCACUGUCUCGUGCGAGCCUGACAAAGGUGAUUCGCUGGAUAUUAUGCAGUACGUCCGCGUCCAAUGUUUGGAUGGAGGCCGCGUGCAAGACAGUUUCUUCAUUGAUGGUGUUCUUGUGCACAAAAGUUUGGCCCGUAAAGGAAUGAGAAGCGACAUUUUGAACCCGCGCAUUCUAUUGAUUGCCUCUGAGCUGGACUACCAACGCAAGAAAGAUGUGAUAUCGUCGUUAGAGAGCGUUGCUGGCCAAGAGGUGGAAUACAUGCACAUAGUCACAGAAAAGAUUAUGACUCUUAACCCGGACAUAGUCAUGUUCGAAGGCCAUGUGCACCGAGUAGCGGAAGAGUUGCUUUUCAAAGCCAAUGUGGCAGUCGUCAAAAACGUUCGCUCGCUCGACUUGCAACGAAUUGCUCGGUGCACCGGAGCUUCGGUAUUGACGUCGUACGAUCAUAUUGACAAAAUGUCCGGUGUUGGUGUAAUUGGUACUUGCAAGCGAUUUUAUGUCUUGCUGAGCGAUCAGGAGCCGAAAAGUGCAAAGCAGAUUGCGUUUAAGGCCAAUUGUGAAGGGUUGUACGUGGCAAAGGAAGGUUUCGAAAAGUCUCGACAGCGGAAAAAGCGUAUUCAACGCCAGAACAUUGUGUUUGAAGGAGGCAUCACGUCGAAAGGAUGCACUUUGUGCUUACGCGGAGGAACACCUGGUGUGUUUACGGACGUCACGAACGUGCUUACCGUUAUCAUUCGGGCGGUGUACAACAUGCGGCUGCAGCGAUCUGUGUUGGCAUCGUAUGGGUACAUUGCCCCUAGCCAGAACCACGAGCGUUCUGUCGCGGAGGAAUGGUUUGCCAAGUCUUCGACAUCCUUGUACAUAUCGCUCAAGUCCAAUUCACUUUCGAUGCGUGCUGCUCUGAAGGAAACGCAGGCCAUGUGCAAAUGGUGCAAGGCCCACACACGAUUCAAUAACAUCAGUUCGCUUCGGGUUGUUCAUGGGGCGAAGGAUGACAUUAGCCCUACGGCAACCGUGCAGAUGCGAGAUUCCAAUCGGUGUACAUGCGGAGCGAAAUCUUCAAAUUCACUGAGGGACCGUAUUCUAUUUUCCACCUGUUGGAGUUCACUGGAGGGAAAAACGGCAUCAAAAGCAGAAAUGAUGUGCAUUGACUUUUAUAGCUUAAAUGACAUGUCCAUUGGCCAGUUUCUGGAUAAUUUCUGCUUUGCAAGUAGCAAGGCUGAGUUUAAGCGUGCGUUUACGACGUCAAAGCUAUCUUUCUCUCAUGAUACCAGCCGCGCCAUUAUACGGGUGAAAGACUUGAAUGAGGUCAAGGGUACCAGCGACCAGUUCCUCCAAGCAGAACUCCUUCGAGAUACUAGUUACCGUUCUGUUCUGCAGCUAAUUCGAUCGGACGAAGUACUGAUGUGGUCUCGCGAUUUGAAUGACGGGGAUUUUUCUGCCCUUCUGUCCUCGGAGUAUUCAGUGAUUCCAGAAGAUACGUGGAAUUACUCCUUUGGUAAAUUUCUGGAAGACAUGUUCUAUGGAACGGCCAUGGAUAUUGACUAUGCCCGAUUUCCCCAUUUAGCUGGUGUGAGCGGAUCGCGAGAUAGCUCGUUAGUGCACUAUUUCUCUCGCCGUGGACGAGUCGUAAGUCUACAUGUCGAGCCUGUUGAGCCCAUUCUUCACGUCGCGUUGCAGCCGGCGCUCUGGCGGGAUCGCGUUGAUCACCAGGUCCAGCUCGAUGCCAUUCAUGAUCUCUGUGACCUUGUAUGCGAGGUUUACAGCGUCACGACCUCGAAAGUUGCUGAAUCGAUGGCAGAUCUGGUCACCCCACUUCACGCGAAGCAGAACCUGAGAAUCUUGCGAAAUGAAGUCCAGCAGUGGUACUCAUGCUUCGCCACGAAAAUUGAAUCGAAUCCACCGCAAGACGUGUUUGCUUACAACGCUCACUUUCGGAGCAUAUACGAGUAUGCAGUUGGAUGGAGUUUGCGCAUUACGCGUGCCGUUCAAGCUACGGUAAAGCCAACCAUGGUGCAUCACAUCGAUAGUCCGAAGAGCGCACUUCCUAAAGCAUGGUUUGAUCAGCUUGCGCAGCAAGCAGAAUUCAGCGAUCGCUGUAGCACCCCAUCGACUCCAAGUGUUUUGGGGACAACAUCAGGGAGUAUAAAAUUCCAAGAACCUGGAAAUUUGGCACACCUUGCGAGUUUUGCGCGUAGCUUGGCCGCUGCAAACAACCUUUCGCCACCUGGUGGAAUGCCGCAGAUCGUUAAUGAAGUUACGAACACGUUGCGAAAGAACGGAACUACGAGCUCUUAUCAAUCGGAGCCGUGGGAUACCGACGAAGGCUAUGAUCGUUAUGACGAAUCUAGCCAUUCCUUUCCGGUUGAUUUCAUGGCAGAAACGGAGCCGUAUUCGUCCGGGGCGCCGGUGUAUGGAAAAGCAUUGUCCACCAUGGGUCAUUCUGGGCUCGUCUCUUCUACCAUGGGUCCUUCUGGGUACGUUUCCUCCACCAUGGGUCCUUCUGGGUACGUUUCCUCCGCCAUGGGUGCUCCUGGGCACGUUUCCUCUACAAUGGGGACGCUCGCGUCCAGGAAAGCACUUGACGAUUUCCGUUUGACGCAGCAAGCAAAGAAGCCUGAUGGUUUGGGAUAUCUAGCGUUACCUAAACGCCUGCUCGAAUGGCAUCCUGGCCUUCCAAUGGGGGUAAGUAAGGCCCCUGUCCUAGUCAACGCGAAGCAGCCGACAUCGGUCGUGGCGUACUCGCUCUUCUCAAAAGAAUACGGUCAGUGCAUCAACGAAAACAUGCGGAAGGAAGCCACUCGGCGCAUGAUUGAGACGAACUUUACUGAGGACGGCGUACCGCCGAUGAUGGAUUGUAGUCAGUCCGAGGAGACCAGGAGAAUGUUGCGUACUUUGCGCUCAACCACGCGAAACAAUGUCGACCACACGUUCGUUGACGAGAACCAGUUCCAGUCCGGUGUACGGUUUUGUUGUAAAUCGUACUUCGCCAUGCAAUUCCAUGCACUUCGAAAGCUGUACUACGGAGGUGACCGGAACUAUGUGGAAUCUCUUUGCAACUGCCAGCAGUGGAAUGUAGCUGGCGGUAAGUCAGGCGCUGGUUUUUUGAAGACGCGCGAUGAACGUUUUAUCGCAAAGGCCAUUCCGGAAAUUGAGUUGCAGAUGUUUUUGAGUAUGGCAAACGAGUAUUUCUGCUACAUGGCGAAGACUUUCGAAAACGACAUGUCAUCUAUGCUCUCCAAAGUGCUUGGUUUAUACAAGGUGUCGAUUUUGAACACUACCCAAAGUGGUGACGGUGAUCAAAACGUGCGUAUGUGCAUAAUUGUGAUGGAGAAUUUGAUGUACGGGCGCGAAGUUGACUUCUCGUUUGAUCUGAAAGGCAAGAUGGAAGGACGCUACAAAGAGGGACAGAAUGGAGACAGUCGAUCCGUUUUGUGGGAUCGCAAUUUUGUGGAGUUGGCUGGUGGCAUACCGUUACCACUGCAGGAAUCUGCGCUGUCAUUACUUUUGUCUGCGAUUAUGAACGAUACGACCUUCUUGGCGUCGGUUCAAGCGACCGACUAUUCGAUGCUGGUGGGUUACGAUGUUGACAAGCAAGAGCUGGUAGCGUGCAUCAUCGACUACAUCCAUAAGUAUGACUUUAUGAAGAUGAUGGAGCAUGCCGGCAAACGGCUGAUUCAAGAAGAAGGAGAAAUAACCGUGCUUAAUCCGAAGCACUACCGCAAACGCUUUUGUCUGGCCAUGAAUAAGUACUUCGUUACGAUCCCGUCACGGUACACAAAGGUGACCACACUUGUUCGGAGCACGGCAUCGACCACGGCGUUCGGUGGCGCCGGCACAACACUUCAAGAUGAGAAGGACUAUACGCAGCCUCCCGCUAGUGCUAGUACGACUAUCGGUGUGUGA